UUGGAGCGUGUUCACGUUGCUGUGUUGAAGGGAAACAGCGGAGCGGGGUCCGGGCGCUGCAGUGGCCGCCCAGCACUCUGCCUUCAGCGAUCAUUCGAUUUAUAACCAUUUUCUUUUCGAUGUAAUCGUCGAUCAAGCAGCUGUUAAACCCGGUGCGGUUACCAAAACGCCAACAGGGAGGACAGAGAUUGUUUUUGGUUAGCAACUGGUGCGUGUAGUAUGAAUAUCAGGCAACGCAGUCGGAGCUGCAGCGCCGAUCAAACCGUCGCUGUGACGCCUUUACUCGGUGAUUAUUAGCCGAACUGAUCCUAAAUACGUCGCCGUCAGGAAUCCGUCCUCGAUGGAAAGCGAAGAUUAUCUUCUUGAAUGAUAACAUCGUCUACGGAUUACGGAUUAUUUUUCCUCCGAACAUCUGAUGUGAGCGUCGUCUCUAGUCGGUUACAAACCAGGCGACAUUGUCAGCUAGCCUGUUAGCUUCCUUACCUACUGACUGACUUACUGACUUCCCACAAACUUUUUUUUAUAGUCUUCACAAACUCAGAUUGUACACGAUCAACAAAAUAAUCGACAACAUUUCCAUAUUCCUGUAUUUCAUCGGAACAGGAACCGAGUGGAUUUUCUGGCCUAGAAUCCAGAAGAGUUUCGAAAUAUUUUCAUCAAUUUAGUUUUUUUUUUUUUUUUUUUAUUAUUUGAGCGUUUAACUAUAAAGUUAAAUUCGUUAUAUUUACAAAAACCGAUCGUGUUUUUAUUUUUACACGCUCCUGGAUAAACAAUAACAUUUAGCAGUCUUGGCUAACGUUUAAUUAGCCUGCUGUAGUUCCGGUUACUAGUUAAGUAACUAAGUAGCAAACGGAACCUUUUAAUAGAAGAAAAUAAGAAUCUGAGUCAAGUCCUUCGAUUGAAAAGAAGUUAGAGAACUUUAUAAACAGGGCAAACUAACUAACUAUGACUUGACUGGUCCUGAUCUUCAGCCUUGCUGUGUGUGUGUGUGUGUGUGUGUGUGUGUGUGUGUGUGUGUGUGAAAGCUGAAUGAAAGUUAGCUGAUCUGGCAAACUGAACAGAAAACAACACCGAUGUCACUUUUCGUUGAGCUUUUUACAGCCGUGAAUUCGUAAAAGAUUCGAAGAUUGACAAUGACAACACGGACUCCGAUGCUAACAGUCAUCGAGCACUCAUCUAGCCAGGCUCACUCCGACUCUAAGGCCGGCGGUCGCCCCAACAUGCCACACGGCCGCAACUCGCUGGCCACCGCAGCCGACGAGCAGCCACACGUCGGCAAAUACCGGCUGCUGAAGACCAUCGGAAAGGGAAAUUUCGCAAAGGUCAAACUGGCUCGGCAUGUUCUCACGGGCAAAGAGGUGGCUGUCAAAAUCAUAGACAAGACCCAGCUCAACUCCUCCAGUCUCCAGAAGCUCUUUCGGGAAGUGAGGAUCAUGAAACUGCUGAAUCACCCAAAUAUUGUGAAAUUGUUUGAGGUGAUCGAAACCGAGAAGACACUUUACCUGGUUAUGGAGUACGCCAGCGGAGGAGAGGUGUUUGAUUACCUAGUCGCCCAUGGCAGAAUGAAAGAGAAAGAAGCCAGAGCCAAAUUCAGACAGAUCGUGUCAGCAGUGCAGUACUGUCACCAGAAGUGCAUCGUUCACAGAGACCUUAAAGCUGAAAACCUGCUUUUGGACGCAGAUAUGAACAUAAAGAUCGCUGAUUUUGGCUUCAGUAACGAAUUCACUCUGGGCAACAAGCUGGACACGUUUUGCGGCAGCCCCCCGUACGCGGCUCCAGAGCUCUUCCAGGGAAAAAAGUACGAUGGGCCAGAAGUGGACGUGUGGAGUUUGGGAGUCAUCCUGUACACGCUGGUCAGCGGCUCGCUGCCUUUUGAUGGACAGAACUUGAAGGAGCUGCGCGAACGUGUUUUAAGAGGGAAAUACCGUAUUCCGUUCUACAUGUCCACCGACUGUGAGAACUUGCUGAAGAAAUUUCUUAUUCUCAACCCCACCAAGCGAGGAAGCCUUGAGCAGAUCAUGAAGGACCGGUGGAUGAAUGUGGGUCAUGAGGAGGAGGAGCUGAUGCCUUACGUUGAGCCGCAGCCCGACUACAAGGAUCCCAAGAGGACAGGUCAGCACCCCGGCAGUGCAGGGGGUUGGAAGAGAGAUAUCAUGCUUCAAAUGGGAUACGCUCAAGAUGAAAUACAGGACUCCCUUGUCAACCAGAAGUAUGAUGAAAUCAUGGCAACUUACCUGUUACUGGACUAUAGGAAUUCAGAGCUGGAUGAACUCUCAAUAAAGCCCCGCCCAAGCAUCGACCUCACAAACAAUGCCCAAUCACCUUCUCACAAGGUACAACGCAGUACCUCCAACCAGAAGCCGCGCCGAUCCACAGACCAAAGUUUGUCUGUGUCGGUUAAGCGCACUCAGGGCGACAGUAAGCACAUCGCUGAAGACUACGGCAGGAAAAGCUCAGGCAGCUCAGCUAAAGUUCCUCCAAGCCCGCUUACUACAACCGACCGAAAGAAAACCCCGACCCCGUCCACUAACAGCAUCCUUUCAACCGGUACAAGUCGUGGGAGAGGCUCUCCAGGUCCUGAGAGAUCCACUCUGGGUGUACAGAAUGGCAAGGACAGCUUGAGCACACCAGGGUCCCGCGCCUCUACCGCCUCGGCAGCUGCUGUUCUAACUUCCUCUUCUUCCUCCCGCCCCCGCCACCACAAGUCCUUGUCCACCUCGGCCCACCCCAACUCCCCAGACCUCCAUGCACAUCGGCCCAGCACCGUUACACAACGAGUUCCAGUGGUGUCUCCGUCAACUAACAACAUAAGCAACUCCACGGUAGCAGAUCGCACCAAUUUCCCCAGAGGGGUGACUAGCAGAAGCACUUUCCAUGCAGGCCAACAGAGAGCCUCACGUGACCAGCACACCUCCACCUACAACGGGCCACCAGCCUCCCCUUCGCUUUCUCACGGGAACAGCCAGGUUCGUCGCACCGGUACUGGAAUCUUCAGCAAAUUCACCUCUAAAUUUGUGCGCAGAAAUCUCUCGUUCCGAUUCCCCAGAAGGAGUCCGUUUGAGGGAGAGGGUCGAGAUGAGGCCAGCAGACCCAUGUUGAGUACUGCAGAAAAGCUGGAGAAAGGCACCCAUGGAUCAACGGGGGAUGAGAACAGGGACUCUGUGUCAUCCUCGUCUCCUGUGUCCAGCACGCCCUCAUCCACCCAGUCCUCCAAGGACAUCAAGCCGCGUUCGCUGCGCUUCACCUGGAGCAUGAAGACCACUUCGUCCAUGGAGCCCAACGAAAUGAUGAAGGAGAUCCGGAAAGUUCUGGACUCCAACAGCUGCAAUUAUGAGCUGCGUGAGCGCUUCAUGCUGCUCUGCAAGUCAGGGAAUCCUUCAUGUGAUGAAUACGUUCAGUGGGAAAUGGAGGUGUGCAAGCUGCCCCGCCUCUCCCUCAACGGCGUUCGCUUCAAACGCAUCUCGGGCACCUCCAUCGCCUUCAAGAACAUCGCCUCCAAGAUUGCCAACGAGUUGAAGCUGUGAGGGUUGAAAGAUGAUUUGGGGAUGAAGCUAAUACCAAAUUGGGGCAGAUGUGAGAGCUGUAGCCCAGAUGUGCAUUAAGGAGAAGAUGGACAAAGUGGUGCCAUCAGAAUCGGGGACAGUGACGAGUUUAAAGACUGUAAAUGAAGCAGGAUGGUUAGCACAGAUUGGUGGGGGAGGUUGAUGUGUCUGGAUGUUUUGAGGGCCGCCUUGAUAUUUUUUUUUUACUUUUUCUUUUUUUUUUUUUCUUUUUUUUUGUGGGAGCUGUUUCCUUGGUUUGGGUUUUCUGUCGCCACAUCACCCUCAGCCCCCUCAAUCGCCCCCACCUGUAUUUUGUUGUCAUCUUUUGUUUGUGUUUCCAGUUUUGUGGUUUUUCCUUGCUCCUCAGUCGUUUUCUGUUUAAACAGUAUAGUGAUGGAGGAAGGACGUUUAUGUAAUUAUUGAACUGAAAAGUGUUUGCUGGUGAUUGUUAUACUGCAAACUUGAACCAGCAGCUAUCUCAACAUGCUGUAAUCCCCCCUCCCCAAUCACCCAUGUUACUUGAUAUUCUUACUUCCAGUUCCAGAUUACUGUUUAAGAGCAGAGAGGUAGGUUGGUGGUUUUGACACUGAAUGUACAGCAGCACGCUUAGUGAUGGGUAACUGAGAUAAAGUACUACGCACAUUUAGUAGAGCCAUAGUGGAAUUUGAAUGUUCACUCAUCUUGCUGUGGUUCACAUUCUCAGCCUCCACACUCACGUGUACAUCACAGUAACGUGUCUUAUCUGAUCUGAUCGGAAAUGGAAGUGCAGACUUGAACCCUCAGUGCUCUGUAGGUGAAUCACCUCUGUGCACUGUAAGCCCAGACAAUUAGACUUUUUUCUCUUCCUGCUGCACAGGUUAUAUGUCAAAAACUAAUUAAGGGCCAAUUAAGUAAUUAUUGGUGGAUUGUAGUGUAAUUAAGAGUUGCUGGUUGGUUUCAAUGUGCUGCACUGGAAUGAGUCUGUGUUUUGUUGCCUUUUUUUUCUGGAGAAGAUUAUAUUAUGAAAAUAAAAAAAAAAGUUGGAUGA